GACUACAAAAAAUAUUUGGGUCAGUAAACGCGGCCCAUGCGUUGGCACCCAAUGAUCGAUCACCUCCCUCCAACACAUCCAGCUAGCAACACAGAAAACCCGACCACCGACGGCGACUACAAAACAUCCUUAAACAAUGAAUCCACGUCGGAGUUCUUACACCACCGGCGGCGGAAGCCAGUCGAUAUCAAUAGACCCCAACACAUUCUUUCAAACACAACCACAAACAUCAAACGUCGUCGCUUCACUCAAGAUGUUCUUGAAGAAGCCUCACGCUUUUCCUUUUCUUCUCUUUGUUUUCCUUUUGCUGACGUGGGUUUCUCUCAGGCUCCAACACUCCGCGAGCGUUUCUUCUUCGGCUGCUAAAACGGCGGCGUUUAAUGAUCAGGAUUUGAAAUGGGGGGAUGAGAAGAAGAGUAGUCAUAGUGUUGAAGAAGAUUAUAAGGCUAAUAUGAUUAGGUUUCCAUCUUCUGCGACCCUUUCCGAGAUUACUAAAGAUAAACGCGGUUGGCUUAUGGACCCUGUUUCUGUUGCUCUCGAAUCUGGCAUUCCUGGGGGAGCCCAGAUAUGUGCAUCACUUCAUGUUGGUGAGAUUCGACCCGGUAGCUUGAGGGGAAAUCAUAGACACUACACAUGUAAUGAGACUUUUCUCAUUUGGGGAGCCAAGACAAAAUUCAGGUUGGAGAAUAAUCUGAUGGAAAAAGGGUAUACCGAGGUCAUGAUUGAUGCAGAUGAUGUUGCUGUGAUAGUGAGCCCAAGUGGAACUGCCCAUGCUCUGGUUAAUGUCGAUCCUGUACGGACUACUUUCUUCUUGGGGUGCCAAGACAAUAGAAUCGAUUAUAAUAGUUCUACUUCUGAUUUUAAUGUAUGGAAAGAUCUUUAGUUAUAUGAUGAACACUUGUUUAUGUAAUUAUGUAUACAUAAUUUCUUUUCGUAAUAUAUAUUAGAGUAUACAGCCUUUUUCAAUGAAAUGAUAUUGUGGA